AUGAGAGUAAGUGCCAACAAGAGGGCGGAGUUUGAAGAACUCGGAAGACUUUCGUCUGUGCAGUCGCAAUACCAGCCAGUAUCAUCUUCUGCAAAAUGCCCCCAGUGUCUGAUCGACCUACCCUCGAACGAGGCAGUAUUAGAACACCUGCAGCAAGAAAAUGGUUGCUGGCCUGAAGUACAAGAUCAUUAUAUUCCUGUCCCACCCGCAUUCCUUCGGUCUAUCAAAGAAGCAGGCAAAGACGACAUCUUGGGACGCUACCACCCAUCUUCUGGCUACAUAUUCGGAAAGGCACCCAAUAUCCCUGAGGCCAUGGAAAGUGACCAGUUUGCUUAUCGGCGAUGUCACACUCCAUUUUACCCCUUUCAAGACCAAGCAGAAUUUGAGCUUGGAAAAUUCCUCUGUGAACGCCUCACACAAAGUGAUAUUGACCGGUUUCUCAAGCUUGAAUGGGUUCGCCAAGCUAAACCAUCAUUCAGCUCAAAAGACCAGCUACUUGCAUGGAUGGCUUCUCUUCCUACCGGACCAAAAUGGCGUUCAACGACACUCGAAAUAACAGGAUACCCAACAAUUCAACCAAUACAGCUCAUCUGGCGCAAUGGCUUAGAUGUGGUAGAAGAUCUGUUUGCUAAUCCAAUCUUCGUGAACCAUAUGACAUAUGACCCGCACGUUGUGGUUGAUGGUGACGAGCGCGAGUAUAGUGAAUAUUUUACAGCAAAACAGGCAUUUGAGAUUCAAGAUCAGCUCCCCAAAGGCGCUACCAUAGUUCCGGUAAUUAUUGCAUCUGACAAGACGCCCGUGACGCGACACACUGGAGGGCUCGAAAUGCAUCCUAUAUUUGUCUCACUCGCCAACAUUCAGUCUGACGUGCGGAUAAGAGCAACAAGCCAUGCUUGGCGAUGUGUUGGUUUCAUGCCGAUUCCAAAAUUUUCCGACGUCCAUACUGACUACCAAACUAUCUUGAGUCAACGGCUAUUCCACAAGUGCAUGGAUAUUAUCUUCGCAGAUGUCAAGGUUACAGCCAUGGCAGGCAAGUUUAUGCCCGAUUUGUCUGGCCAUUUACGACACUGCUACACACCUUUGGCUGCUUACACUGCAGAUUUGCCUGAGCAACAAGCCAUAGCAUGUGUCUCAAAAGUCGCUUCUCCCAUCACGUUGGCCACAUCCCAAUCCUUUGGCGACAGUUAUCGCUAUGCACCAUGCACGAAAGAACACACCCUUUCGGUGAUAUACGACAUCUGCCAACACAUUGAUCCAUGGAGGUUGCGAGAAUUUCAGGAGGAAGCUAAGGCUCAUUCACUGAGUGGUGUUCACCAACCAUUUUGGCGGAAUUGGCGGUUCGCAGAUCCUGCUCGCUUCUUAUCAGGAGAAAUCCUCCAUACCUGCCAUAAAUUCUUCUUUGAUCAUCCAUUCAAGUGGUCCAAAGAACUGGUGGGCAAGGACGAGCUCGAUGCCCGAUUUCGAAGCCACCACAAGCGAGUAGGCAUGCGCCAUUUUUCAUCUGGAGUACGUCAGAUGAAACAAAUGACUGGCCGGGAACACCGGGACUUGCAACGUACCUUGGUUCCUUCCAUUGCCGGGGUCACACCUCCCCAGUUCAUUCAUGCAAUUCGCGCUUUAAUCGACUUCAUUUACAAGGCCCAAAACCCUGUUUAUACUGAUACCUCCGUUGAUUCCAUGGUCGCAUCUCUCAAAGAAUUCCAUGAUCAUAAGCAAGCGAUCUUAGAUGCAGGAGCUAGACGAGGCACCAAAGGAACGAUCGACAACUUUCUUAUCCCAAAACUCGAGCUUUUGCAGAGUUUUGCUGUGUUCACCAAGGACAUAGGUGCCCUCAUCCAAUGGACUGCACACGUGACCGAGCGCCUUCUCAUCACUCAUUGCAAGCUUCCUUUUGACAGGACAUCCCUCACAGAAGAGCAAGAGAUUACUGAAACCAAUCCUGCUCUUGCAUGGAUUGCCCGCAUCGCACCUGGUGAUCCGAAUCAACGGUGUUUUGUCGGACCUCGUCCAGUUCAAAACCAUUUUCUGAAGGGCAUACUUUCUUCCACUGCAACGACUGCCUUCCACGUUACCGUCGCUCCUGAUCGAGCCAAAAUGUCCAUUAAUGAAGUUCAGCAGCUCUACGUAUUGCCAGAUUUUGGACAAGCGCUAUCUGACUACAUCGCAAAGGCUUCUAACGGUCAACCUCUAGCAUCAUGGAGCAGUGGUCAUGGUCGCGUCAAGACAUGGAAUAAAUUUCGAUUGCAAUUACAUUCCGUUUUUUGCUCGCGGCUGAUUAUGCCCAGUCAAGUCGUUCAAGCUGCUCCGCCGUCACAAACAUUCCCUCUGGGAAAUUGUGAUGCAGUUGUUGCGCAGUCAGUACAUGGUGACCGGACAGUAAAUAUUGUCGCGCAAGUGCGGGCUAUCUUCCAGCCAAUUCCGCCUCUCCACGGCACGCUUCCCCAUUACCUCGCAGAUCAACCACUCAUUUACGUGCAGUAUUAUGAGAUCGUUGGCCAUCCGCAUGACGAACCUGCCAUCAGCAUGUAUAUGGUAGCUCGACAAUAUCAUAACGGGCCCGACGGUCAGAGGAUGAGAUUGGGUGCAGUUAUCCCUCUCACAGAUGUCACACAUGCAGUAGAGCUUAUUCCUAUGUAUGGCGCAGGAGCUGACCGUACGGUGGGUGCAGCAACAAGUAUGGAGUUGUAUGAACACUUUUACCUGAACAAUUUCUCGGACAAGGAGAUAUAUCAUGCAUUGUGCUCAGACUUGCACUAG